CCUGCUCCUGAGAAGGGGAGGACAGAGCAACUCUGCAGUUCCUGUUUAGAAACCUCCAGUUGCAACAGACCCUUGCCUGCCAGCUUCCUAGCUCCCUGGCUGACAUCAGGGAUCACAGGCAGCAGGUCUGUUCCCAUGAAAGCCUCAAGGGCAUCCCAGCGCUACAGAAGCAUCAGGAGAAAUGCCAGCCAGCACUACCUCUACCAGGAGUCCCUGCUGCUCAGUAACUUGGAUGACAGCUUUAAUGCUGAUGAAACAGGGGACAGCAAUGAUCCGGAACAAAUCUUCCAGAAUAUACAGUUCCAGAAAGAUCUCAUGGCAAAUAUUCGCUGCAGGCCCUGGACCAUGGGACAAAAGCUAAAAGCACUGAGACGCGCAAAGGAGAUUGUGCUAAAAUUUGAAGGGAGGCUGACCAGGACCCGAGGCUACCAAGCAGCAGGUGCAGAGCUCUGGAGGAAAUUUGCUCGUCUUGCCUGUAACUUUGUGGUCAUCUUCAUUCCCUGGGAAAUGAGGAUAAAGAAAAUUGAAAGUCAUUUUGGAUCAGGUGUGGCCUCCUAUUUCAUAUUCUUGAGAUGGUUAUUUGGAAUUAAUAUUGUGCUCACAAUAAUGACAGGUGCUUUUAUUGUCGUCCCAGAGCUGAUCGCAGGCCAGCCCUUUGGAAGCACAGCCAGCAAGAGCAUCCCCCGGGAGCAUGUUGCAUCUGCCCAAGACCUGGAUACCGUCUGGUCCCUGGGGGGCUACCUCCAGUACUCAGUUCUCUUCUAUGGCUAUUAUGGCCGGGAGAGGAGGAUCGGGAGAGCAGGCUACCGGCUGCCCUUGGCGUAUUUCCUGGUGGGGAUGGCAGUGUUUGCUUACAGCUUCAUCAUUCUUUUAAAAAAGAUGGCCAAAAACUCCCGCACAAGCCUUGCUAGUGCUUCCAAUGAAAACUACACCUUCUGCUGGCGUGUGUUCUGCGCCUGGGAUUACCUCAUCGGAAACCCAGAGGCUGCGGAGAGCAAAACCGCGGCAGUCGUGAACAGCAUCAGGGAGGCUAUCCUGGAAGAACAGGAAAAGAAGAAAAGCAAAAAUCUGGCAGUGACCAUCUGCCUGAGGAUCAUUGCAAACAUCCUGGUUCUUCUCUCACUGGCUGGGAGCAUUUAUCUCAUCUACUUUGUGGUGGACCGGUCCCAGAAGCUGGAGCAAUCGAAGAAAGAACUGACCCUUUGGGAAAAGAAUGAGGUGAGUGUGGUGGUCUCUCUGGUCACCAUGUUGGCACCAUCUGUCUUUGACCUCAUUGCUGCCUUGGAAAUGUACCACCCGCGGACCACGCUGCGCUUCCAGUUGGCAAGGGUCCUUGUGCUGUAUUUGGGAAAUCUCUACAGUUUGAUCAUUGCCCUCCUGGACAAAGUAAACAGCAUGAGCAUUGAGGAAAUUAACACCAAAAAUAACAAAAGUCAUUGGAUAGAUUCCUUCUUCGUCACCAAGGCAGCCCCUGGAGAAGGGAAAUGGUCCACACCUUGGUCUGGAAUGGGGUUCAGGACAAACAGCACAUGGGUCUUGGAAGAUACCAGUAUCCCAACUUAUACCAUGCCACUCACCAAGGCCAACAAGACUACGCUCCACACUCUGAGCCCGCAAGGCCAGUGCUGGGAAACAUACGUUGGCCAGGAGAUGCUGAAGCUGUCCAUCAUUGAUAUGCUCUUCACAGUGGCAAGCAUCCUGCUCAUAGACUUCUUCCGAGGACUUUUUGUUCGCUACUUAAGUGAUUACUGGUGUUGGGACCUGGAAAGCAAGUUUCCUGAAUAUGGGGAAUUCAAAAUAGCUGAGAAUGUGCUACACUUAGUCUACAACCAAGGAAUGAUUUGGAUGGGAGCCUUCUUCUCCCCGUGUCUCCCAGCAUUCAAUGUUCUCAAGCUCAUUGGGCUCAUGUAUCUGAGGAGCUGGGCUGUGCUGACUUGCAACGUGCCCCACCAGCAGGUAUUCCGAGCCUCCAGAUCCAACAACUUCUAUUUGGCAAUGCUCCUGUUCAUGCUAUUCCUAUGUAUGCUGCCGACCAUUUUUGCUAUUGUCCGAUACAAGCCAUCUCUAAACUGCGGGCCAUUCAGCGGACAAGAGAAAAUUUAUGACAUCGUGUCAGAAACGAUUGAGAACGACUUCCCCGUGUGGUUUGGCUCUGUGGUUGGGUACAUCAGCAGCCCCAUAGUCAUCCUGCCAGCUGUGUUGCUUCUGUUCAUGCUCAUCUAUUACCUUCAGAGCAUCGCACGAUCACUGAAGCUCAGCAACCAUCAGCUCAGAAUGCAGAUCCAAAAAGCAAGAUCUGAAGACAAGAAAAAGGUUGCUCAAAUGGUGGAAGCUCGAAUCCAGACCAAGGAGGAAAGCACCAAGAAACUUCCAAAGGACAGUGACCUCGUCAGCCAGCUGUCCUCAGCACACAUGGCAACACCCCAAAACAAUGGCAACAUGGUCAGUUUUGACUCACUGAGCAGCAAGAGCAGCAGGAUAGAAACAAUUACCCAACCCAUGCUCCAGAGUCCUAGGAUGGAGCACAGGGGGCCCUGCUCACCUCUUCCUGACACCUCCCAGUCGAGGCCAGAGCACAAUUCUAACAGGUAUCAACAUGGUCUGUGUGCAAGCACAGGUGACCUUCACAAGAACAGAUCCUGCACACCUGUGACAUUGACAAGGCAUAUUGAAGAUGUUCACUCAGAACCUCUUUUCAGGAAAGACUUUAAACAAAUCAACACUCCUCUCCAUAGAUCUGGGGUCUCUGCCUUGGUGGCACAUGGUCACAGACCUCAUGCCCCAAGAUAUUAUAUCAUUAAUGAACGUGACUCUCACAAAAAAUCCCGUCCAGCUUUCUGUUCAGAGAGACAUUUCAAGAUAGAUGCUUCAGGUGACAUUGUGGAAAGGUACCCCAGGAACACGCAGCAUUACAUAUCCAGGGCCCCUCACCAGCCUUGCUCUCCACAGCUGAGUGAAGAAGAGGAGGAGAUGUUGAGGAGAGAGCUGGUCAAACAGUCCUUCCCACCUCACUCACUGACAGACCUUCAUCAGGCUCCUCACUUUUAUAUUGGUGAAAGGUCAGAAAGUGAGGCUCUAGAUCUUGCACACCAGGGAUGGAUGCACUACAGUUCUGAGAAUAAUGAUUUUGAGGGUCACCUUGACAGGCCUAUGUAUGUGCACAAAAAAACACGCUCCCGUCAUUUCCAAUACCCACAGCAUCUGCUGAAGCCCAGAGCCAAGCCCAAGUUUGAGCCAUCCUUCACAGAAUCUGAUUCUAUAUCAGCAGCCUCCAGUAGCGACCAGCAGAACAGCGGCACUGACCAAUACCUACAAGUAAUCCACAGCCAAGGCAAGUUCUCAAGAUCUUCUGGCCAAAUCGGCAAGAGAAAGGCCAAGUCCAGACAGGCACUGAUGACGGAUCUGAGUGAUCUAAUUUGUUCAAAUGUCUAGGCUUCCUCCAGUGACAUAUUCACACAGAUUGGCCCCCUUUUGAAGCACCGGGACUGCACCUGGUCUUACCACAUCUGGUGGGUAUUAGAAGGCUCCAUAGCAUAUUCAAGCACAUCUAUGGUUUCUGGUGGAGGCCUGGAGACUCACAGGGCUACAACCAUAUAGUCUAUAGUUAUCUAUACACGAGUGUGUGAUUUCCUGGAGUCUUUUCAGGCCAUCAUUUCAAGAAAAUGUGAGUCCUUUGCAUUUAUUCAGGGUGAUUGCAAAUCAUAAACUAGCCAGAUAUCUCAUUGCAACAGCAAAAGUCUCCAGAGAUUCUGUUCUUUCCUUUAGUGAUUUGAGUGAACUAUAUAUAUCGUGCCGUUUUCAGCAUACAAAUGCCAGUAAUAAGCACACAGAAAUUAGGUAGCUGCCCUUAAAGAUUUUACAAUGCCUAGCUUGUAGGAAUAAUCUGCCUAGUAAUAAUCCACUUCAUAAUGAUGACAGUAACAAAUUUAUCAAGAGCUUCUUUUACACCAUUUACUGGGCUGUAUGUCUGUAUUAAUUGUGACACUAUGGACUAAACAUAAGUCAAAGUUUAACCUAAGGAUUAUUGGUUCGUUUAACUGGAAAGGAUGGGGAUCAAAGCUCACUCAUAGGCGCAGUUGGAGCCAAGACAUCAAAGUUUUUCGAGAAGAUCUGUUUUUUCACCUCUCUGCUCUGUUGCUUUCUUGUUAGGGCUUGACAUAAGUGACUGCAUUUUUGAUUCUGACAGUUUUCACACUGCAGUAGCCAAUUAAGUGGCUUGAAAUGACCUCCUUUUCUCCCUGUGGUAAGUGGAAGAUGAAUUCAUAGCCAUAGAAAAUGCCAAGUUUGAAGCAUUGAGCCAUAUUUUGCUACCAAAAAAAACCCUCCCUACUUCACAAUUUUUUUACCUUUAUGGGCUGAUCCCUUUUAAUCCUUUGACAGGCAUUUUGCAGUGUUGGGCAGCAGUAUGUGUUCAGUUUGUCAUGUCAACCAGGAUUGUGCCCCUAUUUGUAUUUCCAUAUAAUUCUUUCCAUACUAAA